AUGUCCGCCCAAGGCCCCUCAUCUCUCCCUCCGACCACUGUGCAAAGCACCAAGUCAAUCAGUCAAUCCGCCGCACACGAUUUCCUAGCCGCCUACUUGGACCGCGCAGCUCAAGACCCAGCUCUACAGCCCAAUGCCAGCAUCAGCGAACAUGGUCCCGUUUCCCGCACCACCGCCGCGGCGCCAAACCUCAUUCUCCACAAUCUGAAGCGUGUGCAAGCCGGUCUGGCUGGUGAGGUCCUUGGACGGGAUUUGACCGUUGCCAAGAACAACCCUGGCGAAGAUUACCUGGAUGUUGCCGCUGGUGUGACUGCGAACGAAAACCAGGACGAGAACGACGACAAUGAUCUUGAGAUGAAGGAUACCGAAUUCGAAACCGAGGCUGAGGCCUUCCAGGAGCAGGAGCAAGAUCAGUCUGGCAUUGAUAAGGAAGAGCGCAAGCGCUUGAAGAAGGAGCGACGACAGGCCGAGAAGAAGGCCAAGAACAAGAAGGACGAUGACUCGGAUUGA